AUGACACAUCUGGUAUUUGCAAUAUGUCUGUCUACACUGAUGGUGAUUCAUUCCAGGCGCAAGAAAUCGCUGAGCGUGGAUGGUGCCAUGGCUGCAUUCAUGCUGGGUCUGGUUACGUUUUCAUCUGAUCUUUGGAUGUUUACCGUUGUCUUGUUGACCUUCUUCUUGAGCAGCAGUAAAUUAACAAAGUUUAAAGCAAGUAGAAAGCGUGUUUUAGAGGCUGAAUAUGAGCUCUCUAGUGAAAGAAACUGGGUGCAAGUGGCGUGCAAUGGAUUAGCAGGUGGUAUCGCCGUGGCUCUGUUUCACGUGCUGUGUCAAGAGCAGCCUUAUGCGUGCUAUGACCAAGCUCGAUGGAGCACCUUGCUGGUAUGGGCUUACAUUGGGCAUUAUGGCUGUUGUGCUGGAGACACCUGGGCGAGUGAAUUGGGCAUCUUGAACAAAGAUUGGCCUAUUUUGAUUACUCGAUUCAAAAAGGUACCGCCAGGAACAAACGGUGGUGUAUCUGGAUUGGGAUUAGCAGCUUCAUUAGCUGGUGGGGCAUUUGUUGGAUUAGCGGGUGCAUUGACACUGUAUUUUGAGCAACCCUGCCACGGAUUUGCUUGGGAGUUGAUUGUAUUAGGCUCAUUGGCUGGUGUAGGAGGUUCACUGGUUGAUUCAUUACUGGGAGCUACUGUUCAACAAACCUUGUAUUCUGAGGAUCAAAAGAAAAUCGUGCCUGAGUUGACACCAGGCGAAAACAUCAAAAUCAUCAGCGGUGUACCCAUCUUGGACAACCACCAAGUCAAUAUCAUGUCUUCAUUUAUUACUACAUCUGUCUGCGCAUUAGCAGCACUCUAUCUCUACCCAACUGCUUGA